AUGGCGAUGAUCAGUACUAGAGCUUCACUGCCAUGCGUCGAUCUCUCCAGCGCCAUCGCUUCGUGUUGUCCCCUUUCGUCCCCUGUUGUGCUGGUGCGCUCGAAUCAACGCCGGGCCGUGGCGAGAGCUCUUCACAUUGAGGAGAGGAGGACAGGGAGUGAAACCGUGCGGGUGCGGGCCGCCGGGAAUUGGAACCUCGGCUCUCUGAGAGGGGGCGGAGCCGGUCUUCUGGAGCGCCCCAGCUUCGACCAGUCCCAGUUCGAUCCGCUUCUCCAGGUCCAAGAAGGUAGAUAUGUUCCUCUACCUCAACAUUAUCCUUUUCGUUUCUUAUCCUGGUAUGACAAUAACUUUAGCUUAGUGAGGUUGGAUGAUGAACAGGACGAGGUAGAGAUUGGUUUGAUUUGCAAUGUUGGUCAAAUUUCAACCUAAAACGUACAUUUCACUUUGAAAAAUUUGUUUUACUUUCUUACAUUUACCUUAGCGGUCCCACAAUACCCAAUGUAGCACGGCCAACCACAACUCCAAGUUCCAUCUUCACUUCCAUACCUUGCUUGGCGUGGGCUUGAUCUCGAUUUUCCUAAUAAAAUUGACGACAAGGAUUUGUGUGUAUUUUCUUUGACAACGUUUGUCAACACCUGCUAUUAAGUUGUCCAGGCUUUUUUUUUCUCUUUUACUUCGUUUGUGUGAUUUAAUUGGCCUUCCCGUAGUUCAUAUGCCCUCUCUAUCCUUUUCCAUCUUCCAGUUCCUUUGAAGAACUGACGCAUGCAGAAAUGACACCGUCCAUACUUCCAUGUUAAUAGGAGAGAAAAAAAUCCUCUGGUUUUUUCAACUCUGAUGAUAUGAAUCUGAUCUGGAUUAAUUUGAGCUGGAUCGAAUUUUUAUGUAGUUCGUACUAAAAACAAAUCAGACGGGACGGUCCUUAGAAAUCGGAAGGCCACUCCAACCGCGACGACAGGGGAGUUCAUUCAGUUCGUUCCAUUGAAUUAAGGUAAACUUUACGUGAAACAUCCCGGAAGGGGAAUGCUGAUUCAUUCAGUUGGAGGGGCACUGAAGCCUUAGCUUCGUCAGGAGCCAUGGUCCCAAGGAUUUCCAAUCGAAAUGACUCUACCUGUUAAAGUACUUCAGACCUUCACACCAGGCUUGUGAAGUUGGGCUCACAACCGGUUCCAAUCUGCGUACACACACCGUAAUCACAGUUCCGAAUCGGGUCAAAGGCAUCCUGAUUCUCAUUCGUCUAACCCAAUAGCUGCCAUUGCCAGAGUUUUUUUUUUUACCCAAUCCAUCUAAUGAACGCAUAGCAUGAACUCCAAUUCCUCUCGCUAUCUCCAAGGAGUUGACCAUUUCUCCUCUCUCUCUCUCUCUCUCUCCCCAUUAUGCGUACAGGAGGGGAUAUCGGUAAGCUGAAGGGAGAGAAAGGGCUUGGAAGCGGCGACAGCUUCAGAGUUCUGCUGAUCGACGACGCACGUCAUACUGUGGCAUUAGGUAAGGAAACAAAAAACUGGUUCAUCGCCGCUGUUCUCACAGACUAUCCGCUUCCACCUUCCUAAUCUUCUGUUCAUUAUUCCUAAAACGAACAUUUAUAUUGAUGGACUUGGUAGGCCACCGGAGGUAGAAAAAAGUUACAGAAAAGACAGUCAGACACUCCCCGCUCUCUCUCUCUCUCUCUCUACCGCUCAGCAUUAAAGUGCACGUGGUGGGCUGGUCGUCGACGCUUUCGGGCAUGUUUACAAUAGAAUCUCCGUAAAUUUAUGUUCUAUGUAUCCUCCACGACUGUUGCAGUUGAGAAGGCGCUGCCCCAAGUGGUUCCCUCCGUCACCCCCGACGAGGCCAGGAAACUGUUCUACGAAUCGCGUCAGCAAGGCGUCACCGUUGUUCUCGUGACUGUGAAGGUACACACCGCACCACUCCAACCCUGCGGCCCUCUCUCUCUCUCUCUCUCUCUCUCUAUGGAGGGUGAGCUCAUCUGCUACGCCGUUCGUAUCGUUGCGCCUACAGGAGCACGCGGAGUUCUACGCGCAGAUGAUGGUGCGAAACGGGAUGAGGUCGGCCAUCGAACCAGAUUCUGCCUAA